AUGUCUUGCAUAUCACAACACAGCCGUGUGCAUCCGAACGACAUCCACAGCGUCUCGGAAAUUACCGUCGGUUCCAGCAGGUCAAUGACUGAAUCACAAUUCAACGUCGCCAUCCACGACCUUGUCCACCUAGACGCAGCAAAAAAUGCUUUCGAGGAGUUCUUCAAAGGAAAUCCUAAAUCCUUUUAUGGAAAAACGAAACAGCUAUUCAAGAUUUUGUUCAUCAUCAUGAUUCCGGUCACGUUGCUCACCUGUCUAAUCACGAACACGUUCUGCGUCACAUUCACGAACUACCACGACUUUUCCAACAUCCGGAACACGCUACUGUACAGCGUCAAACUUGGCCGCGUCAUCCACUACCUACAAGAAGAGCGCGAUGUGAGCGCCCUCUACCUCAUCUCCAGCGAGAAGGAGGUCAAGACUCUCCUUCUGAUGAGCUACACGGAGACGGACAUGUCCUUGGAGGAGCUGACAACCUGGACAGCCGGGCCCACUUCGAUUAGGAAAGAAUUCAAGUCGAAGGAGAAAUUUCUGUCCUACCUUAACAAACACAGAUACGAACUGGACACACUUAAACAGACCGUCGUCGAGGAGCUGCAGAUGUACACGACCCUCAUCCGGGUAUUCAUCAAGUGGCUGUAUGACGCGGUGACGGAGGACCAAUCAGGAUCCAUCUGGCGAAGUCUUGUCGCCUACCAAGAGGUGGUCGCUGCUAAAGAGUACAAGGGUUUGGAGCGUGCACUGGGCACUAUAUACUACGCCGCUGGACAGUUUUCCUCCAUCGACGUCUAUCUCUGGUUUCUAGAGAGCCAGGAUGUGGCCAACGCCACGUUUUUCUCAGCCAGACAGUACUCGGACCUGGUGCUCGACUUGUAUAGAAAUUUUAAUGAAGAAGAACUGCGCUAUGGUAUCGUCACGCACAUGUCAUCCGACAUCAAGCGGAACUACUCUGCUGGUAACAACAACAACAACAACAACAACAACCUCCAGACGGCGCAGUGGUGGUUCGACAACAAGACGGUCUUCAUGGAUUUGCUGCUGGAGACACAGAGCGAGCUGGCCGACGAAAUCACGCAGAUGUUGGAUACGCUGCAGAUCAACAACGUCAACCAGAUGUGGACAACGUCCGUCGUCUUCUUCUGCGUCUUCACCAUCACCGUCGUCAUCAUCUACGUGGUUUUCUCGCUCAACGACGAGAUUCAGAAGUAUCUGUGGACCUUGUCGCAGAGGUAG